AUGGGGCACGAAUCUGUAACUCGUUGCUCCCCACAAUGUGAGGUAUCUAAUAACAUAACAGAACGCCUUUCUUGUAUUGCCUCCUACUUUAGUGGUAGCACUUCACCAUAUUUACCGAGCGACCAGCAGAAUGAAAAUGCGUCCAUAUCUAGUGUACCACAAUCUAGAAGGCUUCCACUUGCAUGGCUAGCUGCGAGUCCAUUGACUCGACUAAUAGCGGAACAAAUGGAAGCUGAGCGCCUUGUAUUCUUUCGCUUCCUCCACGGCUCAACUAGCAUUGAUGCGGGUAAAUCUGGUGAAGUUGGCGUUGAUGGCAAUGAAGAAGAAGAUCCACUUCCGUUGAUGUUUGCGGUAUCAACCACAUCACUUUCAACUAUACAAGAAGCCAUUUUUGAUGAAAAUAAUAACUUUAAAAGUGAAGAAAAAAAACACGAUCUACCUAGGAUCGUUCCAUUUUUUGAUCAAAUCAAUUCCUCAAAGCUGGGACAAGUUCAUUUAUCUGAUGCUUACAACAGCGUAGAUGAUCGCAACCUUUACGAAAAACGUAGCUCAUGGGGAAAAACAAGGUGUGGUACACAAGUCGCUGGCCUCAUAACGGUAUUGAUUUCCGCGCGAGAUCUUUUGAAAAAGAGUCUAGAAAAUCACAAGACUCACCUUUCUGUCAACGAUGCUACGUGCUUGCAACAGAUGUCUUCGCAACCGCCUCCAUCAUUAAUGAAGGGUGGCUUUAAUGAUACAUGGAUAUCGCAUGAGAUUCCAGGAAUCCCAUUACGUGAAUGGAUUUGCUCCAACUCUGACUCGGUUCCAGACAAAAUAAAAGAGGGGAAAAAUACUAAUGAACAAAGUUUAAAAGGCAUAUCUACAAAGAGACAGAGGCAUACUGAUGUCAUGGUAAAAAAGGGAUGUAACCCUGUGGAUUUGCUUUCGUCAUUGCCACAUGAAGAAAAGUAUCUGUUUCCCAUAACAGCCCUCCCAGCUGAAGUGAUGUCAAUACCAGAAAUGGUGAAUUUCAGCUAUUCUAUCCCUUCAGGAUCAGAUUUGAAAAAAAACGGACAAAAUACGGUGGUGCAAUUUACUCCAGCAGACGACAGGCGCGAAACCUUGAAAUCUGCUGCAAGUACGCUAAAUGCCUCCAGACUGGCACACUGGGCUGCGCAUCUUUCGCUUGGCCACGAUUUAAAGUCAACCUCUAUCCAUAAAUGUGAUGAUGUGAGCGGAAAUUAUGAUCUGAUGUACCGGGUCGUUUUAGUAACGCGUCCGGAUGCUGUGGAAAACGUGAUGUUGGGGGUCAGUCAGUGGUGGUUGCAGCGCCCUAUCUACCUUCAUGAGCUUGGGUACAACUACAAUUCGAAAGGAACCCCACACGAAUACCCAUCGGUACACAACAACAACUCAAUAAGAGAGAAAAAUGGAGUACUAGUGCCAAUACAGCUUAAAUUUGCUUCACUGGAUGCCGCUAGUGUUUUUUACGUCCCAUUGAAGGUAUCUCUUCUGUGUCGAUUCAUGGUAUUUGUGUGCUACGUGCAUGCGUGCUUGGCUUUUUGCUUUACUCUUUGUGAUAGCGUUACUACUGCUACAUGGCUACCGUCUGAACAAAUUUCUGAAUGGUGUGGCCUAACAGCCAUACCGAUAGAUCAGUCGAAUGGUGAGGCGUACCACAACGAGUUUUCAAGUGCUGCUAACGGAAAAGCUGUUCCAAUGAACUUGCUGACUUCACUGUUGUUCGCUUUGAGUAUCCUUGUAGCCAUUCCUUUGUUGAUGUUGAUCAUAUUCCUCACUUUGUUGCUCCGUUUUCUCAAUCACUUUGCCGGGCAUCUUUAUCCUGGCCAACAAAGCACCCUCAUGCGCAUGCUCACUUGGAUAAAACACAUGAUAUUGUUUUUCAACUCCUUUGAAAAGACCGUGUGUGCGCAUUGGAGGCUACAAAAUCGACUGCGCGAGCGAGCCAGUGCGAUGAAAAUCUGCCACUGGCUCUAUCGUCUUGGGUAUGUCUACGCGAAUCAAAUGGAAACACUUGACAUAAGCCAUACGGGAAUCUGUGGUACUCACCUGCUGGCCUUUGCCCUUGGUAUCCAUACUGCCACGAACGGUGAUGGAUCAGCUACACCUCAUUGCACAAGUGCCCUGCGAGCACUGGAUGCUUCUGGGUGUCUUUUUUUAGAUCAGCCCUGCGAUGAACACCUGUUGCAGACUGAACUUGAUAUGCGUCGUUACUUGGGGAUUUCUUCCUCAUCCACAAAAAAAGACAUGGGCAGCGAUGCCGCCACUGCUGACGAAAUGCUGGCAUACAGUGAAAAUCUAAGGAUGCUCUCACAUGCGGGACGAGCACUCGCAAGGCUUUCCUUAGGCCACCAACCAAUGGACACAGGUAGGAAGCACGGCCUGCAACUUAUCAACGCGUCUGGUUCAUCCCUGAAUACUGAGGUAUUGGACGAACUGGGACAAUGUGUGCUAUUGUACGAACUCGAAACAGUGCAUAGACAUUUUGUUUCAACAAAAAUGAACGUUGCAGUCUCAGGGGUUGGUACGGGUGGUGCAUCCUCUCUCACUUCACUGGCACCCUCUCCGUCUUCGUCACUCAUAGCAAUAAAUCUCACAAGUUGCCGUAAGGUGUGCAGUGUAAACGCUCUGUCGUACAUUACGAGUCUUGUUCAAAUAAUUGCACCCUUCACCGAGAUCAAUAAUGCAGGAGUAGUCCACCUUGACGGGAGUGCAUUUCAUCAAGUAUUGCAAUAUGUGGCCGAUUCUGUUUGUCAUUUAACGCAUCUACGUUGCACUCGUUCUGGUACAAAUCUUGAAGACAGUAAGACUGGUGUUGAACAUGGGGUCUAUGACGGCAUAGCAACACCUCUCUUUUGUACUACAACCUCAUUUGUGUCAUUACUAAACUAUUUUGUGGAUAAUUACGCGGAUAAAAAGCAGGAAUUCGUGUCUCGGUUUACUGAAAUGAAGUUCUUCCUUGAGCAUCGGUUUCAAACUCACCUGUACCACCUAGACCUUACCUUCUGUCUGAAGGUUGAAAAUCUUGCGUCCUUGUGCGAAAGGCAGUACCUGUUGCACUACCUAAAUGUGAGCCACACAAAUGUCAGGACAACUGGCCUUGCAGAGAUUGUAAGGAAGCAAGCACCGGGUCACCACGCCUCAGCACGUCGUCCCUUGCGUGUCCUGGUGGCAGAGUACUGCAACGUGCUAAACGACCUCAACGGUAUUCAGAUGUUUCCGCUCCUUACGAAACUCUACGUUAGAAAUGGAAGCCUUGACGCCAGUGGGCUGGGUGUGUUCUCCAGCCAUGCAGUGUGUUUUAACAACCUUAUCUUCCUGGACCUGAGCUACUGUGAAAAGGUCGAGAACGUCUCCAUGUUGGCCUCUCUCCCCUCGUUGCAGACACUCAUUUUAGACAACACCGAGAUAUUAUGCAACGGUAUAAAGGGCUUGGGCAAGUGCCCUACACUACAGACGCUCUCGUUGCGUUUUUGCCCAGACUUUGCACCCGUUGGCCCCAGUAAAGAACGGCUCGAACAAAUGGUCGUGCGCAUUCCAACACUGCAAACCUACAUUUAUGAAAAUCUUGCCUGUGAUGAAGUGCCCCGAGAAGAUGCAUAA